UCUAUGGUAUGGCUUUAUAUUUUUUUUAUCAUCAGCUGAUUGAUUUGACAUUUUUGUAGACAACACGCUUUUUGUGUGAUUGUGUGCUUGUGUGUGAUCACACUGAUCCUGUAACAAUUUUGACGUAAAAUGGCAAACCUAGAAUAUGUUCAAAUUAAAGAUUUGAAGCCUGGAAUGAAAAACAUAAACGCCGUGUUUAUAGUUCUAGAAGUGGGCCCGCCGACUUUAACAAAAGAGGCCCGUGAAGUGCGGACGCUGCGUGUGGCAGACGCCAGCGCCUCCGUGAAUCUAUCUGUGUGGGACGAACCUGGGGCAUUGCUACAACCUGGUGAUAUAGUGAGGUUAACUCGUGGUUAUGCAUCCUUGUGGCGUGCUGCCCUCACGCUGUAUUCAGGCAAAUCGGGUGACAUUCAAAAGGUGGGCGAGUUCUGUAUGCUGUUCAAUGAACAGGUGAAUAUGAGUGAACCGCAGCCCGCUCCACCUCCCGCCGCCACCGCUGGCUUAGCGGCGGCUCCUUCGGACCGUUCCAAUGGUGCACACGCCCCCGCGCGUCCGCACGUUCCCGCAGCCGUCGCCCCGGCCCCACCUCAGCAUCAACCCAAGUCUGACCGCUUCCAAUCUUCCAAUAAUGAUCAUUCUGGCAAACACAACACUCAUAAGACAUAUGUACGAGGUAGAGGUCAUCAAAGAGGCAACAAUAGGAGAUAAUUUUUACUUUAAAUUAAUAGCUUUAAUAUUUCCACCUCAUAAUAAUCACUGUAUGAGCAAUGAAUGUAUUUUUUGUUUAUUUAUGAAAUCAUAAUAAUAUGUAGUAUAUUGACAACAUUGUGUGCAGUUGUUGUCAGUUUUUUAUAUGCAUUGAAUAAGCUCAGAAACUACUAAAUUGAUUAUGAAACUUCUUUUGCCUAUGGAAAGUUAUAUCAUAUGUGUGUGAUAUAGGCUGUAUUGAAACUCAAAAAAUAAAUAUAUACCUACUGUAUUUACCUACUAUUUUUAUUCUAAGACUGGGUUGUCAUUUCACAACUGAUUUGAUGGUAAGUAAGAUUUGGCCUAAAAUGGUAUAUGCCUACCCAGGAAGUGCCUAUUCACCAUUGUAUAUAUAUUAUAUUGUACUGAAUAAUCAACUAAGAAUUUAUUAUUUCACACUGUUUAUUAUGAAUAUGCAUAUUUUGUAAUCUCUUUAGGAUUAAGUUAUCUUUUUUUUACUGUAAUAGGUAUUUACACAUAUUGAGUGCAUGCCAUACACAUGCAACAUAUUUCAUUAUAACAAUGAUAUUUGAAUUGGACUGAUUUUUAAUGUUUCAUUUAUUAUUUUUCUUUUCAAAAUUGGAAUUUACUUAAAUUUAUGUUCUGUUUUGGUUUAUAUUUAAGAAUAUUUUAUAGGUAUUUAAUAAAAAAGGCAUGAAUACUUGUACAGUUUUAAUACUAUAUUUUGUAAAUAAUAAUCAAUCCAUAGUAUGUAGUAGAUGUAUAGUCUUAUAUAACAUUCAGUUAGUGUUACCUAAAGUUUAGGACAAUCAACUUUUUAUGUUGUUGAUGGUAUAAUGUUGUCAAUACUAUUAUUAGUGUAAAUGGUCAACAUCAUUAGUAUACUUAAAUGCAACACCAUCAUUAUUAUUGCUAAAAGCCAAAGCUUUAUUACCAACUGACCAAAUUUUUUCUUUGUUGUAAUCUAAGAGAUUGACAUAGUCUAAGAGAA